AUGAAAAGCAGUAAGAAGCGUGCUGACUCAAAGAGUUCUUCUCUUGUUAUUGCCGAAGCAAAUCCUCCCGAGAACAAAAGAGUUGUGGCCACUGAUGCACCGAUUGUAUCUUCUUACAAUGACAGAAUCAGACCGUUGCUCGACACUGUCGACAGGUUGAGGAACCUGAAUGUAAUGAGAGAAGGGAUCCAGCUUCCAACCAUUGUUGUUGUUGGAGACCAAAACAGAAUUGGAGAAGAGACAUAUGAAGAAGCGAGGAUGCAAGAAGAGUUACUCUUCAGGACUCAUCCAUUGCUAAGCAUGAUUGAUGAUGAAAUUGUUGGCAUCCCUGUGUUAGCUCAGAAGCUAAUGCUUAUCCAAGCAAAAAUGAUCGGUAGAUGUUUGCCUGAGAUUGUUCACAAGAUCAAUGUGAAGAUGGAAACCGCUGUGCUGGAGCUGAACAAGCUGCCAAUGGUAAUGGGUUCCGCUGGGGAAGCAUUGAUGACAUUGAUGGACAUCAUUGGUUCUGCAAAAGAGUCUCUCCUGAGGAUUCUCAUUCAAGGUGACUUCUCUGAGUUCCCAGAUGAUCGGAAGAUGCACUGCACUGCUCGCUUGGCUGAAAUGUUAAGCCAAUUCUCAGACAAUCUGCAAGCAAAGCCAGAGGAUGUAGUUACUGAGUUCUUGAUGGAUGAGAUCAAUAUUCUUGAAGAAUGUAAAUGUGUUGGCCUGCCAAACUUUAUUCCUAGAUCAGCCUUCUUGGCUGUUCUUUCUCAACAUGUGGAUAGAAUCGACGCCAAGCCGGCUGAGUUCAUCAAGAAGAUAUGGGACUACAUUGAAGGUGUCCUCAUACCAGUACUAUCAAAAUACUCUGACAACUUUCCACAGAUUCAAUCUUCUAUCAAACGAGCCGGUCGCAAUCUAAUCACUAAGAUGAAGGAGCAGUCUGUGAACAGAGUUGCUGAGAUCGUUGAGAUGGAGAAGCUGACUGACUACACAUGUAACCCUGAUUACAUGACAUCUUGGACCGAGAAGACAGCUUCACAGCAAAGCUUCAUCCAUGCUGUAUUGCAUGAUGAGGAGAAGCCUGAGAACUUCUCUCUCAAUGGAUUUGGGGUUGUGAAGAUCUCACAUCUGAGGAAGUAUCACGCUCAUUUGCUGCAGCAAGCGUUUGACAUGAAGAUGAGGAUUACAUCUUACUGGAAGAUCGUCCUUGGAAGGAUUGUGGAUAACCUUGCUUUGUAUCUUCAGUUCUCUGUGAAGAAACUGGUGAACACUCAGUUUCAGAAGGAGAUUGUGGCUGAAAUGGUGGAUCCUAGAGGCGGUGGUGGAGUUGAGAGGAUGCUAGAGGAGUCUCCAUCGGUGGCCAUGAAGAGGGAGAAGCUUAAGAAGAGUGUGAAGCUCUUGAAGGAGUCCAAGGACGUUGUGGCUGCCAUUGUAGACCAAACUUCAGGGUUCGGAGAUCAUUGA